AUGCACAGCUACCACGCUUGGUGCCAUGGCAAUAUUACCCGGUCAAAGACAGAGGAUUUGCUCUCCAAGGCAGCCAGAGAUGGAAGUUUCCUUAUUCGGGACAGUGAGUCCAUACAAGGGGCGUUUGCCCUUUGUGUUUUAUUCCAGAACCAGGUGUACACAUACAGAAUACUGCCCAACGAGGAUAAGAAACUAUCGGUACAGGCAUCAGAAGGAGUUCCCAUCAGGUUCUUCUCCAUGCUCCCAGAACUGGUGGAGGCUUAUCACAACCCCAACAUGGGACUCGUCACACAUUUGCAAUACGCCGUCCAAAGGGAAGAGGAGGUGGAUGAGGAAUCAGAGUCCAACAAUCUUCCGCCACAGCUUCCACCGAGGAACGCCUUAGCCAACGAGUUGAAAGACAGUGAUGUCAAACCCUGCGAGCAGGGCAGCAAAUGCCUCUCAGAAACUUUCCUGACGAGGCUGCAGCACAUGGACUUGUCCACAAUACCCGAGGAGCAGCAAGCCCUGAUUUUAGACUACUUCAGAACCUCCAUUUGUCAGGAUGCUGAACAAGUCCAGAGCGGGAACCCUAGCCUUCCUGGUCUCAAGAAACUCACUGUAGCAAUCUGUAAGAAUCUAAACAGUGAAAUUUCCCGCAUCCUCCCAACUCUGGAGAUUUUCCACAGAGUGUUGGACCAACAGCUUUCACCAGGCAUUGGAAUGCUUUCAAAACAAAUUCCAGGCCAAUCAAUGUCCUUGAGGCUGGAGCAACUAACGAAACUGCUCUACUCUAUUGAGGAUAAGGCUAUAAACGCUGUGUUUAACUCUGUCGGCUAUGAAGGAGGCCAUAGAAAGUCCCUUAUACCACCUGUUAUCUUUGAGGUCAAGCAAGAAUCUCUGGGAAUCCCCACCAAGAUGUUCAUAAAAGUAGACGUGGAAGGUGGGAAGCUUCACAUCAAUAAGGCAAAGGAAGGGCCUGAUGAUAAGUACUUUGUGCACAACAAAAUCAGACAGCUGGUGAAGUCGCAGAAGAUGCCCGCCAAACUGGUUAUUGUGGUGGAGACUGAGAAAGAGAAGAUUUUGCGCAAGGAGUUUGUGUUUGAUGACACCAAGAAAAGAGAAGGCUUCUGUCAGCUUCUACAACAAAUGAAGAACAAACACUCAGGAAAGCCCGAACCGGAUAUGAUCACAGUGUUUGUCGGCACGUGGAACAUGGGAAACGCGAGUCCACCCAACAACCUCAACUCCUGGUUUCAGUGUAAAGGCCAAGGGAAGACCCAGGAUGACACGGCCGACCAGAUUCCACACGAUAUUUACGUCAUCGGGACGCAGGAGGAUCCACUGGGUGAGAGGGAGUGGGCCGAUAGAGUUAAAGAGAUCUUGAGGAAUAUCACCAAUAUCAGCUUCAAACAGGUAGCAAUCCAAACACUGUGGAACAUUCGAAUCCUGAUUCUGGCAAAGCCAGAGCAUGAAAACAGGAUCUCGCAUGUUUUCUCUGACAGUGUCAAGACUGGGAUUGCCAAUACUUUGGGUAACAAGGGAGCGGUAGCAGUGUCCUUCAUGUUCAACGGAACGUCCUUCGGUUUUGUCAACAGCCAUCUGACAUCAGGAAGCGAGAAGACGCUCAGGCGUAACCAAAAUUACCUAAACAUCUUGCGUUUCCUCAAUUUGGGAGACAAGAAACUCAAUCCAUUUGACAUCACCAAUCAGUUCACACACCUCAUCUGGCUCGGUGAUCUCAACUAUCGAGUGGACUUCCCAAAUACGGACGCAGAGUAUGUGGUAUCCAAGAUCAAGCAGCAGCAGUACCAGGAGCUCCUGAGCAGAGACCAGCUCAACAGUGAGAUCAACGACGACAAGGUCUUCUUGCACUUCGCUGAGGAGGAGAUCACAUUUGCCCCCACGUAUCGCUUUGAGCGCUACACACGUGACAAGUAUGCCUACACAAAGGCCAAAACCACAGGGACUAAAUAUAAUUUGCCAUCAUGGUGCGAUCGUGUCCUGCGGAAGUCUUAUCCUCUGGUCCACGUGAUCUGCCAAGCCUACGGCUGCACAAAUGACAUUAUGACCAGCGACCACUCACCAGUAUUUGCCUCCUUCGAAGUGGGCGUAGCUUCCCAGUUUGUCUCCAAGCGGGAUCCAAACAGUGCGCCUCAAGGCAGCAUCCAGAUCAUGAACUGCAAGGCAACCCUGCGGACAAAGUCAAAGACCAAGUUUUUUAUUGAAUACCACUCCAGUUGCUUGGAAAAAACCGUCAGGACAUGCGAAGGCGAGAACACCGAGCAUUCUGACGGGUCUAUCAAAGUAUGGUUUGGCAACCAAGUUGAGCUUACCCCAAUCAUAUCAGAUGCUGAGUAUCUUCUGGACCAGCACAUCCUCAUCUGCGUGAAGUCCACCGAUUCGGAUGAGUCAUACGGUGAGGGUUGCGUGGCACUUCGAGCUGCCCAAUUCUGCUACACCGAGUUCCAGGUGGCACUUACGCACCACGGUGAAAAAUCUGGAGUGUUGACCGGAGGGAUUCAGUUACACACCUCUGAAGGCACACCUACGGAGAAGUUAUACGACUUUGUCAAAGUGGAGAGAGAUGACUCGAAAGGCAAAAGUGGUGACAAAACUCCAGCCAGCCAAUCAGCACAUGACAUAUCAAACCCAAGCUACAUGGAGGUGUCCUACAGGAGUGGCAAAGUGAUUGACAAAGGCUGGAGUUAUAGCAUGCCACCCAGGAACCUCCCUACUGGCGGCCAAACUGUUAUAGAACCAAAGAAGAGUCCCACCGGGAAAGCUUUGAAGUCAGUGGCAGCGGAGCCAUCGGAGAUGUUUGACAAUCCACUCUAUGGCUCUGUGACAAAAUCACAAAAUCAGAGCAAAGACCAGGAUACCACGCAUAAGCUCAUGCAACCUGAUCCCGUUCUCGGACCUAAAUCGCAGGACGGAGAACCGGAGCGCCCCCCGGUGCCGACCCCUCGUAAUCGUUCCUUCACAUGCUCGGAGUCUAAGCCUCUGCUUCCACCCGCCGUUGCUCAGAACAAGAAGCCGGUGGUUCCAUCGCGCUCUCAGGGAUGCGUAGUCAAUAGUCGUCCACCACUGCCCACUAAAACACGAUCAGGACAUCCAGAGCCACAGGCCAAACCCAGAGACUACAGGGACACAUCUGAAUUGCCUGGCAAGCACAGGCCGCCAACCAGGGCUGGACAAACACCGCUCCAAAAAGACCCCCAACCUAACGUUCCCAAGAUGGGCCAUUCUGUGAAGUGA